AAAUAUCGGGUGGUCGGGUCAUCCAUUUCAAACACACGAUAGUAGGUAGUACCAUUAUUGUAGUACCUUCGUACUACACGCAGUUCAAACAAGUUUUUGCAAACAAACUUUUUAGUUCGGGUAAACGGUGGUCAAUGUCAGUAGGUGACAAUAUUAGAAAUUAUCAGCACCGUGCAAUUGUCUUUUUAAUUGUGUGAAUAUGUGUUACCAAAUUAAAGAUUUAAACAAAAACAUAGCUAGGAGCACCUACACCAUGCAACCCAAAAAGCCGCUUGCGAUCUUCCUCUGCGUGAGUGGUGCAUGCUUGUUCUUCACCGUCGUCGGCAUCCUCUUCAUGACACUAUGGGCCACACUGUACGAAGCCAUACUAAAAAGCCAGUUGACCCUUACCCCCAACAGUAACGCCUUCAGCCUUUGGGUGAAAAACCCAGUUCCUUUGACACUCACUUUAUAUAUGUUCAACUGGACCAAUCCUCAUGAUAUUUACAACAAAAGCAUUAAACCUAGGUUUGAACAAAUUGGACCUUAUGUGUACGAAGAGGAAAAGCUGAAAAGUGAUAUUAUUUGGAACGAAAACGACACGGUUUCCUAUAAGAACCUGAAGCAUUGGUGGUAUGUUCCGGAAAAAAGCAAAGGAUCGCCGUAUGACCCAUUUACCACUAUCAACCCCAUUGCAUUGUCAGCUGCACACUCAGUCCGAAACUGGCACAUGCUGAUUAAAAAGGGCUUCGCUUUUUCACUGAGGGCCUUAGUAUCAGAGAUCUGGACCACCCAUUCGGUGACUGAAGUCCUUUUUGAUGGAUACGAAGAUCCACUUUUAGCGAUGGCUACUAAGAUGUCAUUUUUACCAAAGAGUGCCGUUAUGGAUAAAUUCGGAUGGUUUUACGGUAGGAACGGUUCAUCGGACUUCGAGGGAGUCUUCAACAUGGACACCGGGACCGGGGGAGGCCAAUUAGGCGAACUCCGAUCAUGGAAAUAUGCCGAACACACUGGAUAUUAUCCGGACCAUUGUGGCGAAUUUAAACAAGCUUCAGCGGGUGAUUUUUUCCCGAGAAGUUUAACAAAGCAGUCUGUUGUAAAGAUGUUCUCUUCCGACUUGUGCAGGUAUAUGGAUUUGGAAUACGAGAAAGAGGUGGUUAUACACGGCAUAAUUGGAUAUAAAUAUGCCGCAGGACAAAAAUUUUUAGAUAACGGAACAAAUAUUCCCGAAAACAAAUGUUUCUGUGAUGGUGAUUGCAUGCCUUCUGGCGCACUAAACGUAUCCAAUUGCAGGCAUGGGUCCCCAGCGUUUGUAUCUCUUCCUCACUUUUAUAAGGCCGAUCCAUAUUAUACCAGUGUUAUAGACGGUGUAAUUCCCAACGAAACAACUGAUGACUUCUUCAUGGUUUUUGAACCUAACACUGGUAUACCACUGCAAGUUUCAGCCAGGCUACAAUUAAAUUUGCGAAUGGAAGCCGUUGAAGGAGUUGGUUUAUUCGAGAACGUACCCACAGUAUUUUUCCCAGUACUAUACUUCGAACAAUCGGUUCUGCUACCUGAAAACAUGGUAUUCUUGAUUAAAAUUCUUAUCAACUUUAAAGUGAUCUGCACGUCAAUUGGAAUCUUCUUCAUCUGUCUUCCAGUGCUCAUAUUCAUCUGCGUGUUUUACAAGAUGUGGAACAGGAAAGUGUUCAGUCGAAGCAGGACGACGAUAAAGCCAAAGGAAGAGGUUCCUCUUAACCAGUAGUAGAAGUAUAGAGAGAUAUGUAUAAAACAAAGUCUGUGCAACUAUAUACUGUGAUCUUACACGAUAUUUUGAUCUUAGGGUUUAAACUGUGUGUCUUGUAAACAUAGGAAUGAUGAAAAAAAAAAUAAACAAAAAAAAAGUUUGAACAAUACUGUAUAGGUAUACACUGUGUUCCAACGAAAAUUUGAUCCCCCCCCCCCAGAAACUCAGAAAUCAAGAGUUUUUUCAAAAUUUAAAAAACCACGUUUCACGAAAAAAUUCAUGCCCUCAAAUGUAACCCCCUACUAUCCCUCAUCAACCCCAAGUUUUUUUAUUGGCAAGUGUGGUCUAGUCUUCUUCUUCAUGUACCAUGUCUUUUCAGAACGUUGGUUACCAUCAUAGCUAUCUUAAUUUUAUUCACUGCCACCCUAAAUAGCAUGCUUGUAUCAACACCAUACCAAUCUCGCAAGUUCUUCAACCAUGAGGUUCUUCUUCGUCUUGGACUGCGUUUGCCUGCUAUUUUUCCUUGCAUGAUAUUUUGUAGCAACCUAUACUUGGGACCUCUCAUUACAUAUCCGAAAUACUCCAGCUUUCUCUGCUUGAUGCUUUUUAUGAUCUCAGUAAUCUUGCUGAGACGUUCUAGUAUUAUGGAGUUUCGAAUCUUCUCCACCCAGGAAACUUUUAAAAUUCUUCUAUAGCACCACAUUUCGAAAGCCUCAAGGCGAUUUAGAUCGAUUUUAUUCAAAGUCCAGGACUCGACACCAUAAAGUAGAA